GAGCCAACUGAAUAGUUUACUAAAAGCAUGCAUGCAUCAUCUACCAUCCAUCAACAUCAUGGUAAUGUUGUGGAUGUUGCUUAUGUGUUGGCUGUUUUCGUUUCCUGAGCAAGUUGAAGAGUCUGAUUCCUAGAAGUGUGUUGGCUCUAUAAAAGGACCAUCCACCUCCAAUUUCCCUUCCUCCAACACCUUCAGAGUACUCUCUUCAGUUCUCUCUGUUUCUUUCUACCCUCCAAUUUUCUCUAAUUUACAACCUCUAAUUAUGUAUCCUUGUGAGUUCGCCGGUAUCCAAUACCUUGCACCAUCAAACCCUCCAUCAUACCGAGCACACUGUGAUUCAUAUAGUACCAGCUUCCCUUCGUUGAACUUUAACAAUCUCUUUGCGCCAAAUCCAAUGAUGAUACCUUCGGCCAAUGAACUUAUCUUCACAAGUUCAUGCAACUCAACUUCUGAUGAAGCAGAGGAACAGCAGAAGCAACUUAUAUCUGACGAGAGAAGAAAGAGGCGCAUGAUAUCAAACAGGGAGUCUGCUAGAAGAUCAAGAAUGAGAAAGCAGAAACAUUUGGAUCAGCUGUUGUCGCAGGUUAUUGGUCUGCGUACAGCCAACCGCCAGAUUCUUGAUGAGCUCAAUAGAGGCAUGAGGGGCUGCAAUGAGAUCCUUCAUGAGAAUGCAAAGUUAAGGGAAGAAAAGAAAGAGUUGCAAAAGCUAGAGAAAAUUUUAGUUUCUUCCUCUGAA